CAAAUAUUGAUCGUCACCACCUGCAGAAUAGACUCGCAGGUGGUGACAAAAAAGAAGGCCUUAGAUGAUCAUAUCUUGCAUAUUUCCAACACCUUCAUUCCAUCUCUUUCAAGCAGUUUGGCGGCAAAUCGUUGUCACUCUAUUUACAGUGCUCACCUCCAAUCUGGUCUCUCUAACAUGCUUUAAGUAGACUACGGGCUAUAAGAAGUGAGAGACAUUAUAGACUACGUCUUAUUCAUCGAGUGUUAUUUACAACAACAACUACAUCAGAUACUUUAUUACUACAUACCCAGCUCAUCUAUUCUCUUCCAUUCUCUUCUCUCCUCCCUCCUACAAUGUCCCUCCAUCCCCAGGACGCCCUCCACGCCGCCUCCCUCUCCCACCCAGAAACCUUCUGGGCUGCCCAGGCCGCCCGCCUCCACUGGCACAAGAAGCCCACGACCAUUCUCCAGAAAUACACAAAAACCCUCCCCCAGUCUGGCACCGCCCAUGACCACUGGGCGUGGUUCCCAGACGGCGACAUCUCCACCUGCUACAACUGUCUCGACCGCCAUGUCCUCGCCGGCCAGGGCCACCAGCCCGCCAUCCUGUACGACAGCCCCGUCACCUCGGACACGCGGCAGCGCAUCACCUAUGCCCAGCUGCUCGAUGACGUCCAGGUCUUCGCCUCGGUGCUGCGCGAUGAGGGCGGUGUCCAAAAGGGCGACGUGGUCCUGGUGUACAUGCCCAUGAUCCCCGCCGUCCUCACAGGUCUCCUGGCCAUCUCCCGCCUCGGCGCCCUGCACGCUGUCGUCUUUGGCGGCUUCGCCCCGCAGGCCCUCGCCCAGCGCAUCGACGCCAGCCGGCCCAAGGUCAUCCUGACAGCCUCGUGCGGCAUCGACGGGAACAAGCCGCCCAUCCCGUACCGGGAGUACCUGGAGGAGGCUGAGCGGCUGGCCACGUGGCGCACCCCCAGGACCCUCGUGUGGCAGCGCCCGCAGCUGGAGUGGCACCCUCUGCGCAAGGAGGCCGGGGAGAGGAGCUGGAACCGUCUGGUGAGGAGCGCUGCGCUGCGGGGGCGGAGGGUGACUGAGUGUGUGCCUGUAAAGGGUACCGACGGGGUCUAUGUGAUUUAUACGUCUGGCACGACGGGGUUGCCUAAAGGGGUGGUGAGGGAGGCCGGCGGGCAUGCAGUUGGGUUGGAGGUGAGCAUGCGUCAGAUGUUUGGACUGCAAGGGCCAGGAGAUGUGCUGGCCUGUUUCAGCGACAUAGGCUGGGUCGUCUCUCACAGCUACACCCUCUAUGGCCCCCUCCUGGUCGGCGCCGCCACCGUCCUCUACGAGGGCAAACCCGUCGGCACUCCCGACCCAAGCGCCUUCUGGCGCAUGGUACAAGAAUACAAAGUCAACGCCAUCUUCACUGCGCCCACCGCCCUGCGCGCCAUUCGCAGGGAUGAUCCGGACAACAAACACCUGCGCCGCAUCGGGGAGCAAGGCGGGCUCAGGUCGCUGCGGGCCCUGUUCCUGGCGGGCGAGAGGUCCGAGCCGGCAAUUGUGACCACGUACCAGGACCUCUUGGCUCGGUAUGGUGACCAGAGGCUUGUGGGCGGGGCCAGGGUGGUGGAUAAUUGGUGGAGUUCCGAGUCUGGGUCGCCCAUUUCGGGCAUCUCAAUGGCCCCUCAAGCGGUGGUGGAUUUUGAGGACAAGAGUACCACAACCGCGAAAGAGGCGAGACAAUUUCCUCCUCCUCUGGACAUCAAGCCAGGCAGUGCUGGGAAACCUAUGCCUGGCUUCGAUGUGCGCGUGGUGGACGACGAGGGCAAUGAGCUCGCCAAGGGGAAGAUGGGGAACAUCGUGCUGAAGAUGCCGCUCGCGCCGACUGCAUUCCGGACUUUGUGGGAGGAUGAGGAGAGGUUUUAUAAGGGCUAUCUGAAGAGAUUUGAGGGGAGGUGGUUGGACACGGGCGAUGCUGGAAUUGUGGAUCUGGAUGGAUAUAUUCACAUCAUGGCAAGAUCAGACGACAUCAUCAACGUGGCAGCACACAGACUGAGCACUGGCACCCUCGAACAAGCCAUCACCUCCCACCCCCACGUAACCGAAGCCUGCGUGGUAGGAAUUCCCGACCAGAUGAAAGGCCAGCUUCCCUUCGCCUUCGUCCAGACUUCCGCCUCAUGCCCCCUUGACGACUCCAAACUCCUCUCCGAGAUCCAGCAACUCGUCCGCACCCAAGUCGGUCCUAUCGCCUCCCUAGGCGGCAUGAUCCGCACCAGAUCUGGCGGCGGCGGCGGGGGCGGCGCCAAACCAAUUAUCCCCAAAACGAGAUCCGGCAAGACACUGCGGCGGGUCCUGCGCGAGCUGUUGGAGAACGGGGUGCAUGGGGAGUUUGACAAGGCUGUGAGUGUGCCCUCUACGGUGGAGGAUGCGAGCGUGGUCGACGCGGCUGCGAGGGCGGUACGGGUCUAUUUUGAGAGCAGAGGAGGGGAUGUGCAUAAGGCUAUUGAGGGGAGGGCCAAGUUGUGAUUUGGCGUUAGGGGAAUUGAAUGAAUGCUUGUGUGUGUGUAUCAAUGUCUCUUGUUGUUUGAGACAUGAUUCUAUAGCCACAUAGCCCAGAUAAAUAGUAAUCUGGUCUCAAGAGUUAAAAAAUAAAAAUAAGGUAUUCAAGGUAUCUAUAUUCG